AGAUGGCGGGACUUGAACUACAAGAAGCCUCCAAGCAGUUCUUGCUGGCCAAUGAGGAGUCAGACCGUCUGUCAGCAGAGUUGGCGGCAUACAAGAAAGAGAGCAUGCUGCUUCGCGACGAGAUUGACCGGUUGGAGCGAGAAGAGCGGGAGCUUACAGCGUCGCUAGCUCAGGCGGGGUUCAGCAUGCAGGAGACUAUGCGGCAUACCUGCAAGAACGACUCGCUCUUCGCCUCCAUCCAAAACUAUGCCAUGUCCACCUACGACUCUCGCCUCAAGACCUUCAGACAGUGGCCGCACGCUGCCGCCAUGCGCCCCCUCGCCACCCCAGCAGCGCUCGCGUCGCAAGGCUUCUACUUCUCCCCCAACGACCAGUACAAGGACCGCGUGCUCUGCGCCUUCUGCAACCUCGAGCUCGCCGAGUGGGGCCCUAAGGAUGAUCCUGCCUACGAGCACAACGUGCGAUCUCCCACCUGCCCUGUCGUCACUGGCAAGAUCAUGGCGAUUCAGAGCAGAGACCCUGAGUUUGUAGAGGAGAUGAUCCAUGAGGAAGCUGCCGCUGUGGCAAAGCUACAGGUGCUGCAGAUGGGCAUGCAGAAACAGCUCGACCAGUACAUGGAGAGGAUCAAGUCGGACAAGCAGAAGCGAGCUGAGCUGGAGAAGGCGUUGGCUAUGUACAGGCAGAAGUGAGUGGAAUGUGUACUGAGAAAGCCAAGGGGGUGUGUGGAAGAGCGGCUGGCGCA